AUAAUUAUUAUCAUUUAACGCACCGUGUGGGUCGGGGAGUGCUCUUCAAUGGAUUACUGGUCCUUUCUGACCAUUCUAUGGAUUGUGACGUCAUGUGGACGAUGUGUGGUAGGGAGGGGGUGUUUCCAGGACCCCAAAGUGUACAGCGUGAAAUUAAGCUAUAAGAAACAACUACAGCUGCUACAGAAAGCGAGAGAGCGGUGCCUACAGGAACACAUUGUGCCGCGGCCGGCGGUAUCAGGUCCCUUCUGUAACCAAACCUUUGAUAACAUCGUCUGCUGGCCUGAUACGAAGGCGGGAACAAUGGCCGAACAGAACUGUCCGAACUACAUCAACAACUUUGAUACCAGAGCGAAAGCUCGCCGUGAGUGUCUACCCAAUGGACAAUGGUACGUUCAUCCGGGCUUCAAUAAGACAUGGACGGACUUCAGAGAUUGCUUGGACAAACGAAAGCCCGUGGAUCCGCUCAUGGACCAUCUGCCCCGGAUCAAGAACCUGUACCUGAUUGGUUACUCUGUGUCCCUGGCAUGUCUGUUCGUGGCGGUAGGAAUGAUGGCUCGCUUUCGGAGAUUGCACUGCCAAAGGAACACGAUACACAUCAACCUUUUUGUUUCCUUCAUUCUGCGAUCUAUAAUAUGCCUUGUUAAAGACGUCUUCCAUACACCGGAAGGGCGACCAGCCGUCAUAAACAACACCGCCACUCUGACAACUGAAGGAUCGAACUGGACCUGCAAACUUGUAUUCACUUUCUUCAACUACAUCAUCGUGGCUAACUAUUUGUGGAUCUUCAUCGAGGGACUCUAUCUCCAUAACCUCAUCUUCAUCACAACUUUCAAGAAAAGCAAGCGGUUCCACCUCUACAUACUAGCAGGAUGGUUACUGCCUCUGCUUUGUGUCGUACCUUGGAUCCUUGUCAGGAGAUUCCUGGAAGAUACCCUAUGUUGGAGUACCCACACAGCAGAAAAUAAGUACGUCUGGAUCAUCCGGGGACCUAUCGUGGCCACCAUUGUAGUAAAUUUUAUGUUUUUCAUCAACAUCAUCAGAGUCAUAUUUACCAAGCUGACAGCAUCCAAUAACCACGAUACCCAUCGCUACAGGAAGCUGGCCCGCUCCACCCUGGUGCUGAUCCCACUGUUUGGGGUCUACUACAUGAUCUCCGUCGUCAUGCCUGAGUGUAUGGACCCCGGGGUGGAGCUCAUCUGGCUCUAUGUGGAGAGCGGGGUCAACUCGUUCCAGGGUUUUCUCGUAGCUCUUCUUUUCUGUUUCCUAAAUGGAGAGGUGCAGCAGGAAAUACGAAAGAAAUGGAACCGGAAGUGGAAGUUGCGCAGACUCAGUACCGUGUCGUCACGGUCCACUAGGACCAUGUCGGUCGGGUCCGCAGUGUGUAUAAAAGACAAACAACUGUCUGCUUUGAUUUUGGCGGGAAACGUCAUACAAAACAAAUCAGGAAAAUGGAAGCAAAAUGUACAUAUGGAGUUACAGGAUCUCAAUCAGUCUCCACACCGAGACAUUCACGAAUGUGCAAGCGAUGAGACUCUGCAAGAGAGUAAUGGAUUGUUGACGUCACAAUGAAGGUUAUGUAAUAUGACCCAACUGAGGGUUUGUUACAAUAGCUUAACUUUAGGCCUUCAAAUGCACACGUGUUGUCUCCUAACUGUCGAAGGGCACCUUUUUGCCUGUAAAAUACGUGCAGUUUGAUUGGUAGCCUUGGUAACACGGUCACAUGUGACUGCUAUGAUGUCAUUAACUCCCGGAACGUCACUGUAGAAAUAUUAUUCUACAAGCGUUGUGCGAAAAGGAGCAGCUCAUCUUGUUAUUUACUAGAUAUCGCGAUAGUACAUAUGAUACCUGUCCAGAGGAGAUGUUACUGGCUUGACAAUUGAAGAACAAUAUGUGUUAUAUACUUGUAUACGGUAUGAUUAAAUUAUUCGUUGUUAAUAUGGAUAUUUGUUGCUAUUAUCGUUUAAACGUUCUUCUGUUUUAGGCACAUCGUUAAUAUACAAUAAAAUUAUUCUAAAUUAU